GAGCCCCGGCAGAGGGGCGGGCUGGCGGGGAGCCUCCUGGGAGACCUGCACUACACCCGGGAGGGGGUCCCCGUGCUCAUCGUGGGCCACCACAUCCUCUACGGGAAGGUGGUGCAGCUGGAGAAGCCCUUCGCCGUCCUGGUGAAGCGGGGAGCCGGCGAGCCCGGCCUGGAGGAGCCGCACGCCCGCUACACCGUCACCGCCCUCAUCAAAACCAAACUCCUCUUCAAAACCCGCCCCAAGCCCAUCAUCACCAACGUGCCCAAGAAAGUGUGA